GAGUCCCGCGGACGCCUUCAUUGCUGCUGCUGCUGCCGCCGCGGCCGCCGCUGCCUCUUCCUUCCUCCUGCGCCGUCCCCUCCUCGGCCCGGGCGGGGGGCUCCGCGCGCCGAGCUCGGUCGGGCCGGGCGCUCCGGGAGGCGGGCGCCCCAGGCGGCGGCGGCGGCGGCCGCGACGGUGGUGGCGGCGGCGGUGCGGGCCGGCAAACUUUGCCCCUUUGUGCGCUCCGCCCCGGAGGCGGCGGGCAGGCAGCGCUGGCUUCUCCAGCGUCCAGACCCCGGAGGAAAAAUACCAGGAGAAACUGCUCACUCAGCUCUGACCCCACCACACCCCCACUUGCUCACCUAAUGCCUGGGUCCAGGGUGGGUAAGGGUGAAGAACCCACCGGGCCAAGAUGAUCCUUUUUCUGGGGACUGCUGCUGGUGUCCUCCCCCAGAUCCCGGGCCCCAGCAGGUGGGAGAGUGGCCCCCUACGGAGCCCGAUCAGACUGCUGCAGAGGAGGUGAAGAGGGGUUGAGAAGAGGCAUCCAUCUGGGAGACGGAAGCCACUUGCCUUCAUCCUUAUAGACUCUUGACUGUUGUAGGCGAGAAGGACCUGUUGGUGGCCUUUGCAGGUGGCAGGAAACUGGACUGUGGUUCUGCUCCUGCACCUAUGCCCCCACCUCUGGCAGCAUCAUGAGUCAGUUUCAGGUGCCCCUGGCCGUCCAGCCGGACCUGCCAGGCCUUUAUGACUUCCCUCAGGGCCAGGUGAUGGUAGGGGGCUUCCCGGGGCCUGGGCUCCCCAUGGCAGGGAGUGAGUCCCAACUCCGAGGGGGUGGAGAUGGGCGGAAGAAACGGAAACGGUGUGGUACUUGUGAGCCCUGCCGGCGGCUGGAAAACUGUGGGGCUUGCACUAGCUGUACCAACCGCCGCACGCACCAGAUCUGCAAACUUCGAAAGUGUGAGGUGCUGAAGAAAAAAGUGGGGCUUCUCAAGGAGGUGGAAAUAAAGGCUGGUGAAGGAGCCGGGCCGUGGGGACAAGGAGCGGCUGUCAAGACAGGCUCAGAGCUCAGCCCAGUUGAUGGACCUGUUCCAGGUCAGAUGGACUCAGGGCCAGUGUACCAUGGGGACUCACGGCAGCUAAGCGCCUCAGGGGUGCCGGUCAAUGGUGCUAGAGAACCCGCUGGACCCAGUCUACUGGGGACUGGGGGUCCUUGGCGGGUAGACCAAAAGCCCGACUGGGAGGCUGCCCCAGGCCCAGCUCAUACUGCUCGCCUGGAAGAUGCCCACGAUCUGGUGGCCUUUUCGGCUGUGGCCGAAGCUGUAUCCUCUUAUGGGGUCCUUAGCACCCGGCUCUAUGAAACCUUCAACCGUGAGAUGAGUCGUGAGUCUGGGAACAACAGCAGGGGACCCCGGCCAGGGCCCGAGGGCUGCUCUGCUGGCAGCGAAGACCUUGACACACUGCAGACGGCCCUGGCCCUCGCGCGGCAUGGCAUGAAACCACCCAACUGCAACUGCGAUGGCCCAGAAUGCCCUGACUACCUCGAGUGGCUGGAGGGGAAGAUCAAGUCUGUGGUCAUGGAAGGAGGGGAGGAGCGGCCCAGGCUCCCAGGGCCUCUGCCUCCUGGUGAGGCUGGCCUCCCAGCACCAAGCACCAGGCCACUCCUCAGCUCUGAGGUGCCCCAGAUCUCUCCCCCAGAGGGCCUGCCCCUGUCCCAGAGUGCCCUGAGCAUCGCCAAGGAAAAAAACAUCAGCUUGCAGACCGCCAUUGCCAUCGAGGCCCUCACACAGCUCUCCUCCGCCCUCCCGCAGCCUUCUCAUUCCACCCCCCAGGCUUCCUGCCCCCUUCCUGAGGCCUUGUCACCUCCUGCCCCUUUCAGAUCUCCCCAGUCUUACCUCCGGACUCCCUCGUGGCCUGUGGUUCCCACUGAAGAGCACUCAUCUUUUGCUCCUGAUAGCUCCACCUUCCCUCCAGCAACUCCUAGAACUGAGUUCCCUGAAGCCUGGGGCACCGACACCCCUCCAGCAACGCCCCGGAGCUCCUGGCCCAUGCCUCGCCCAAGCCCUGACCCUAUGGCUGAACUGGAGCAGUUGUUAGGCAGUGCCAGUGAUUACAUCCAGUCAGUAUUCAAGCGGCCUGAGGCCCUGCCUACCAAGCCCAAGGUCAAGGUGGAGGCACCCUCUUCCUCCCCAGCCCCGGCCCCAUCCCCCGUACUUCAGAGGGAGGCUCCCAUACCUUCCUCGGAGCCCGACACCCAUCAGAAGGCCCAGACCGCCCUGCAGCAGCACCUCCACCACAAGCGUAGCCUCUUCCUAGAACAGGCACACGACACCUCCUUCCCUGCUCCUUCGGAGCCUUCUGCUCCUGGCUGGUGGCCCCCAUCAAGCUCACCUGCCCCACGGCUUCCAGACAGACCACCCAAGGAGAAGAAGAAGAAGCUCCCAACACCAGCUGGAGGUCCCUUGGGAACGGAGAAAGCUGCCCCCGGGAUCAAGCCUAGUGUCCGAAAGCCCAUUCAGAUCAAGAAAUCCAGGCCCCGGGAAGCACAGCCCCUCUUCCCACCUGUCCGGCAGAUUGUCCUAGAAGGGCUCAGGUCCCCGGCCUCCGAGGAAGCGCAGGCUCAUCCACCGGCCCCUCUGCCUGCCUCACAGGGCUCUGCUGUGCCCCUGCCCCCAGAACCUUCUCUUGCGCUAUUUGCACCUAGUCCCUCCAGGGACAGCCUGCUGCCCCCUACUCAGGAAAUGAGGUCCCCCAGCCCCAUGACAACCUUGCAGCCAGGCUCCACCGGCCCUCUUCCCCCUGCCGAUGACAAGCUGGAAGAGCUUAUCCGGCAGUUUGAGGCUGAAUUUGGAGAUAGCUUUGGGCUUCCCGGCCCCCCUUCUGUGCCCAUUCAGGACCCCGAGAACCAGCAAACUUGUCUCCCAGCCCCUGAAAGCCCUUUUGCCACCCGUUCCCCCAAGCAAAUCAAGAUUGAGUCUUCAGGGGCUGUGACUGUGCUCUCAACCACCUGCUUCCAUUCAGAAGAGGGAGGCCAGGAGGCCACACCCACCAAGGCUGAGAACCCACUCACACCUACCCUCAGUGGCUUCUUGGAGUCACCUCUUAAGUACCUGGACACACCCACCAAGAGUCUGCUGGACACACCUGCCAAGAGAGCCCAGGCCGAGUUCCCCACCUGCGAUUGCGUCGAACAAAUAGUGGAGAAAGAUGAAGGUCCGUAUUAUACUCACCUGGGAUCUGGCCCCACGGUCGCCUCUAUCCGGGAACUCAUGGAGGAGCGGUAUGGAGAGAAGGGGAAAGCCAUCCGGAUCGAGAAGGUCAUCUACACGGGGAAGGAGGGAAAGAGCUCCCGCGGCUGCCCCAUUGCAAAGUGGGUGAUCCGCAGGCACACGCUGGAGGAGAAGCUGCUCUGCCUGGUGCGGCAUCGGGCGGGCCACCAUUGUCAGAAUGCCGUGAUCGUCAUCCUCAUCCUGGCCUGGGAGGGCAUCCCCCGUAGCCUCGGCGACACCCUCUACCAGGAGCUCACCGACACCCUCCGGAAGUAUGGGAACCCCACCAGCCGGAGAUGCGGCCUCAACGAUGACCGGACCUGCGCGUGCCAAGGCAAAGACCCCAACACCUGUGGUGCCUCCUUCUCCUUUGGUUGUUCCUGGAGCAUGUACUUCAACGGCUGCAAGUAUGCUCGGAGCAAGACACCUCGCAAGUUCCGCCUCGCGGGGGACAAUCCCAAAGAGGAAGAAGUGCUCCGGAAGAGUUUCCAGGACCUGGCCACCGAAGUCGCUCCUCUGUACAAGCGGCUAGCCCCUCAGGCCUAUCAGAACCAGGUGACCAACGAGGAAGUAGCAAUUGACUGCCGUCUGGGGCUGAAGGAAGGACGGCCCUUCGCGGGGGUCACGGCCUGCAUGGACUUCUGUGCCCACGCCCACAAGGACCAGCAUAACCUCUACAAUGGGUGCACCGUGGUCUGCACCCUGACCAAGGAAGACAAUCGCUGCGUGGGCAAGAUUCCCGAGGAUGAGCAGCUGCAUGUUCUCCCGCUGUACAAGAUGGCCAACACGGAUGAGUUCGGUAGUGAGGAGAACCAGAAUGCAAAGGUGGGCAGUGGAGCCAUCCAGGUGCUUACCGCCUUCCCCCGCGAGGUCCGGCGCCUGCCUGAGCCUGCAAAGUCCUGCCGCCAGCGGCAGCUGGAAGCCAGAAAGGCAGCGGCUGAGAAGAAGAAGAUUCAGAAGGAGAAGCUGAGCACUCCCGAGAAGAUCAAGCAGGAGGCCCUGGAGCUGGCGGGCGUCACGUCGGACCCAGGCCUGUCCCUGAAGGGUGGAUUGUCCCAGCAAGGCCUGAAGCCCUCCCUCAAGGUGGAGCCGCAGAAUCACUUCAGCUCCUUCAAGUACAGUGGCAACGCGGUGGUGGAGAGCUACUCGGUGCUGGGCAACUGCCGGCCCUCCGACCCUUACAGCAUGAACAGCGUAUACUCCUACCACUCCUACUAUGCACAGCCCAGCCUGACCUCCGUCAACGGCUUCCACUCCAAGUACGCUCUCCCAUCGUUUGGCUACUAUGGCUUUCCAUCCAGCAACCCCGUCUUCCCCUCUCAGUUCCUAGGUCCUGGUGCCUGGGGGCACAGUGGCAGCAGUGGCAGUUUUGAGAAGAAGCCAGACCUCCAUGCUCUGCACAACAGCCUGAGCCCGGCCUACGGUGGUGCUGAGUUUGCCGAGCUGCCCAGCCAGGCUGUUUCCACGGACACCCACCACCCCACUCCUCACCACCAGCAGCCUGCGUACCCAGGCCCCAAGGAGUAUCUGCUUCCCAAGGCCCACCCAAUCCACUCAGUGUCCAGGGGCCCCUCCCCCUUUGCCCAGAGCUCCAGUUGCUACAACAGAUCCAUCAAGCAAGAGCCAGUAGACCUGCUGACCCAGGCCGAGCCUGUGCCCAGAGACACUGGCAAGAUGGGCAAGACACCUCUGCCCGAAGCGUCUCAGAAUGGGGGACCCAGUCACCUUUGGGGACAGUACUCAGGAGGCCCAAGCAUGUCCCCCAAGAGGACUAACAGUGUGGGUGGCAGCUGGGGUGUGUUCUCAUCUGGGGAGAGUCCUUCCAUCAUCCCCGACAAGCUCAGUUCCUUUGGGGCCAGCUGCCUGGCACCCUCCCACUUCACAGAUGGCCAGUGGGGACUGUUCCCCACCGAGGGGCAGCAGGCGGCUCCCCACUCCGGAGGACGGCUGCGAGGCAAACCAUGGAGCCCCUGCAAGUUUGGGAACAGCACGUCCGCCUUGGCUGGGCCCAGCCUGACUGAGAAGCCCUGGGGGUUGGGGGCCGGGGAUUUCAACUCAGCCCUGAAAGGUGGUCCUGGGUUCCAAGACAAGCUGUGGAACCCUAUGAAAGGAGAGGAAGGCAGGAUUCCAGCCGCAGGGGCCAGCCAGCUGGACAAGGCCUGGCAGUCCUUCGGUAUGCCCCUGGGCUCCAGUGAAAAGCUGUUUGGGGCCCUGAAGUCUGAGGAGAAGCUGUGGGAUCCCUUCAGCCUGGAGGAGGGGGCGGCCGAGGAGCCCCCCAGCAAGGGAGCAGUGAAGGAGGAGAAGGCUGGUGGCGGCGCAGAGGAGGAGGAGGAGGAGCUGUGGUCGGACAGUGAACACAACUUCCUGGACGAGAACAUCGGCGGCGUGGCCGUGGCCCCGGCCCACGGCUCCAUCCUCAUCGAGUGUGCCCGGCGGGAGCUGCACGCCACCACACCACUCAAGAAGCCCAACCGCUGCCACCCCACCCGAAUCUCGCUGGUCUUCUACCAGCACAAGAACCUCAACCAGCCCAACCACGGGCUGGCCCUCUGGGAGGCCAAGAUGAAGCAGCUGGCGGAGAGGGCGCGGGCGCGGCGGGAGGAGGCCGCCCGGCUGGGCCUGGGCCAGCAGGAGGCCAAGCUCUACGGGAAGAAGCGCAAGUGGGGGGGUGCCGUGGUCGCCGAGCCUCAGCAGAAAGAGAAGGGGAUCGUCCCCACCCGGCAGGCGCUGGCCGUGCCCACAGACUCGGCGGUCACCGUGUCCUCCUAUGCCUACACGAAGGUCACUGGCCCCUACAGCCGCUGGAUCUAGGUGCCAGGGAGCCAGCGUACCUCAGCGUCGGGCCUGGCCCGAGCUGUCUCUGUGGUGCUUUUGCCCUCAUACCUGGGGGCGGGUUGGGGGUGCAGAAGUCUUUUUAUCUCUAUAUACAUAUAUAGAUGCGCAUAUCAUAUAUAUGUAUUUAUGGUCCAAACCUCAGAACUGACCCGCCCCUCCCUUACCCCCACUUCCCCAGCACUUUGAAGAAGAAACUACGGCUGUCGGGUGAUUUUUUCCGUGAUCUUAAUAUUUAUAUCUCCAAGUUGUUUUCCCCCCCUUAUUUGGGGGGCUUUUAUUUUCUCUUUGUUUUUAAAACUCUAUCCUUGUAUAUCACAAUAAUGGAAAGAAAGUUUAUAGUGUCCUUUCACAAAGGAGUAGUUUUAAAUUCCAUUUAAAAUGUAUUUAUUGGAUUUUUUAAAAAGCGACAAUAGUAAUGGUAAAGGAUGGGCAGGAAAGGCCAGCAGUGCUCCCCCGCCCAGUCUCGCUGGGCCCGGCGAGCCAAGCCCCUCGGGCACUGGCAAAGUCCUCAGCCAUCUGCCCCUCGAGAGCCAAGCGCAGACAGUAGCCACCCAGUUCGUCCCUCCCGACACACACACCUUCCCUUCGGGGAAGGGAGCCUCAGGACAGCCUCUGUCCUCUCCGAUAGGAUGGGAGAGUCUGCAGAAAACCAUCUGGGGUCCCUUUUCCAGUCCCUGGCUUGGAGUCGAGGGGCAGAUGCACCCCAGGCCAGCCCCCCUGAGAUGCUGGCACAGCUUUCCCCAGAAACCAGGUUGGAAGUAGAUGUCUUCAAGCUUGCUAGUCUCCACACUGAAUCCUCUGUCCGUUAUUUAUGGAGUCACACGAUGUCACGGUUCACUAGGCAGCACCUCACGCUGGAACUGGAGUGCAAGGUUCUUAGGGGCCACGCCUACCAUGUUGCCAACCCAAUGCAUGCUGGGCUGAAGGAAUUUGUCUUAGUGGCAGUUUUUUAAAAAAAAAAAUGCCCCCCAAAGUCUAUGCUGAUACUGAAAAAGGGCUACUGUAUCUUUAAAAACAGGAAGUUGAACCCAAGCUGUGAAAAGCCAGUGGUGCUCUGUGCAUGGUGCUGUGCGGAGCCUGGUGCUGUAUAGUGUUGUGCUGGGACUUUCUUGACUCUUGGGCAGGUCACAUCCUACAGGAGCUCAGCAGACCAGUGUAACAACAGUUAAUGCAUCUAUCCUGAUCCCUGCAUUUCCACAUUGGACAAUGGUGCAUGCCUCAUACCUGAGCCUGCUUCCUCCAUGCUAUCAUCGGGUUCAGGGGCCUACACUUAACAAUUUUAAAGUGCAAGAGUCAAACAUUUUCAACAGGUUGCUAUGAUUUUCCUCCCUAAUUGGUGCCAUUUCUCCAUUUGAUCAUUUUUUUCCUUUCUCCUCUCUUCAUCCACUUGAACAUACCCAUUCUAAAAUUCUGGUGCAUUCAUUCGGUUCUUUGAAAUGAGAAUGUGGUGCUUACUUUUUGUGACAUUGUUGAGAUAGGUUGGGCCUGAUGGGAGCAACACUCAUUGUCACCAAGUCAAACGGCUUGGGAGUGUCGGUUGUUCUUGUGAUAUUAGCAGAAAUGAUCUCACGCUACCCGUGUGGAUGUGGAUGUGGUGAAUGCGGGGCUUCAUCAGGACGCACAGAGGGGAAAUGUGGCCACACAGUGGAUGACCACCAAGCCCUGAGAUGACCAGGUAUUUACUGAGCAGUUGUAUUCAGAUAUGGGUCUUCAUGAGUCAUGUUUAACAAUCAGAUGACAGCUAGAGGCAAGUUCCUGAGCUUCCGGGUGCCUUGUGUAAGAGCUGAGAACCGGCCUGCUGGGUGUUUACUGUACCUGUUUGGAAGCACUGGCAGAGGGUCGUUGUAAGAUGUCCUGAGCAUUUAUGUGGUCUGGUUUUAACUGUAAAUAGUGAAAGAUUUUUUUAAGCACUUUUGCCUAGAUUUAAACAGCAACUUGAAAAAAAAAAUAUGUUUUAACAUGUAAUUGUGGGAGAAACUGUAAAUAGUAGCUGAAUAUUUAACGUGCUUUGUCUAUCCUCCACUUUUACCAUAUUCUGUAAAGUUGCAUUUAUUUUACAGGACAAAAAAUGAAAUAUUAUUGCUUUUGAAAUAAAUACCCAAGAGCUUAUCAGGACUUAGAAUUAUUCAGAACUCAGAUCUAUAGGAAAACCUCUGACCUUCAGUUUGACAAGCUAAAGGAAGCAGAGUCUUUAAUGAGCAUGCUAAUUUUCUAGUUUUGAGGAAAAAUUGGGUCCUUUAAAUGCUAUUUUGCUUAUCGCAUCAGUACUUUUAUGCAGGUCUCAUUUGACUCCGUGCUUAGGUAGAUGCGGGGGUGCCUUGAAAACUUCAUUUUAAAUGAUCUUAAGCAAGAAAUACAGUAUUUUACGAAACAUGUGGAGAAUGUGACCGUCUGUAUGACCCAUGGAAGCCCCAGGUUGGCUGUUGGUUUGGAAGGUCCCGAGUGUAACCCAGGUGAUGCUGAUACUUGGCAUGUGUGAAUCUUCCUGAUGUGUGUGAAAUACACUCUUCCCUCAUCACCUCUUGGUAGGAAAGCCAUUCGAUGAAAGGAGAAACCAAUACAAGCUAAAAGCAUGCGAUGUCUGUCCCCCAGGCCAAACUGCCUUGGUUCGUCAGUUUCUAGGGUAGGAAAUAGGCUGCUGAGAGGUGAGUCAAGAGGCAGUCUCCAUUGGAUGUCCCCACUCCCCUCAGAAUAGCGUUUCCAGAGUUAGGCGGUGUGAUUACCGUGCUCAAGCCCAUGCUGAUUUGUACACUACAUGUCUAACCUACCUCAAAUCUCAGUCAUUAAAAUUAGCAUGCUUUAGACAUAUAUUUAAAAAGUAACUAUGCACAGCUCUUUAUCCCCCCCCUUGCUGCUGAAGGUUUCUUAAAGAGAAAAAUCAAAUUUUUAUUUUUUACUGGCACUAUCAUUUUUUAAAUCCUAAAGAUGAUUAACAGACAUUUUUAUCAUGAGAAGAAAAAUAAAGCCAUUGCAACUAAAGAACCUAACAGCAUGACCAAGUUCGAAGAGUCAUAUUAUAGCAACGGAAACCGAUGGCGUCUUAGUCAUCUCCCCAGUGUGCCCUGUCCACGGACACCAUCCACGUGCAGUGCAAAACAUUUGGUUCCUUUUCUGCUGUGUUUUGUUUUCCCUGCCUGUCGCGUGCAAGGGAAGUACUUGUAAAGUUCUGUGCUAAGAGAUUUUUAAAAUAAAAAUCGCUUCGCAGCAGGUUCUCACAAAAUAACUGGUGCUAGCUCAAGAAAUCAUUAUCUGACCAUCAGAAAUCUUGACUAAAGGUGUUGCAUGGAUUUGGGGGUUUUUUUGGUUUUUGGUUUUGGGUCUGGUUUUUAGCAGGGCCAAUGUUUCCCACACCCCGGCUUCAUGGGUACUGCUUUGCCUUCUCACCAAGGUGACGAUGGUGUGCGUGGAAAGAGAUGAUAGACCCCACCGCCCCCUCUUGGUCCUUCCACCAGCCUCUUUUGGAAACAGUAGUUUGCAGAGCAAGGGAUUUUUAAAGUGCUAAAGCAAGGAAAGAAGUAGCAGAGCUUAACUGCUUUGUAUCACACAGCAGCAGAUGUGCAAGGAUGGUUGACAGUGAGUCAAUGAUAACCUGAUUUCAUUGAGAGAAAUCCAGCCAGACUUGCUUCUAGAGGUUUAACCACCAUGAGAUCUCAAAGCAAGGCAAAGCUGGUGGAAAACAAUAUGAUAUCCCUGACGUGCCUCAACCAGUAUCUCUUUCCUUUUGUUACUGAAGUGUGUUUUAUGGACUAGGAAGCAUUUUUAUGAAUUGAAAUAGUCUAAAUAAAAUGGUGCUAUGGUGUUUUAAUGUGACUGUCCCUGAUCCUGUCUUGCUGAGGUGCUAUCAACGUUCUGAAACCACAACCAACCAAAAACAAGGUGGGCUCCAGUCUCUUGGCUUCUGUUUUCCCUCCCCUCUUUUGGUGCUGUCUUAGACCCGUUUACCGUGCUAUAAUCUGCUCUGAGCAGCGUUGUGUUUUGUUGUAUCGUUCUUCCCUUGGUGGCCAAACAAAGCAAGUCGAGAAGGCAGCCAGCUCCCUCGCUGUGAUCCGGAGUGGGCCUGCCUGGCUUUGCAGGCGUUUGGUUCCACACCUGUCUUCUCAGGCUUGAUGUGAAAGAAAGGGCAAAGGGUUUUUUGUUUGUUUUUGUUUUUGAGGAAGGGGAGUUGGAUACUCCUGCCUCUCCUAGCAUGAUAGGCAUCCUCAUAGCCAGGGACACAGAUUCUCCUGCAGCCCAGGGUGCUAAGCAGACAUCUCUGUGAGUCCUAAGGGCACACCAAGGGAGACCAGAUGGACCUCCUUCCUCCCCUGGCACUGGCCGGGACCGUGGUGGGCAGGGGCUUCAUUCUCUAACCCAGCGUUGCUUCUGCCUCUCAUUGGUAACUCAUUCUGUUCAGGCUAAAGGAAGGAGCUUUCUUUGCUCACUCGAUGCCACUGAGGCUGCUUUUUAGUUGGUGCUAACCUAAAUUUCUUCUUGGGUCCACAGAAGUUGAUGUUUUAAAAACUCAACAGGAAGCUCCAUUUUGUGUCAUCCACUGUCACAAUAAUUUUUUUAAAUACCUCAAAAACAGGACAUCAUGACAACUUCAGUAAAGUAGAUUCCAUGAGGGUCUGAUACCUGCAGGUUGUCCGUCUCACGACGUACCUGACCUUGAGAAAUCUGGGGUCGUUUUGUUUUUCAUUCUUCAGCAGUUAACAUAACGGAACGCCGAAAGGAAGGAGUGUGGUUGGCUGUAGUUCAUGUUUUAAGUUUUGCUUUUGAAUAAAAUGUGAAUUUUCUAUGCCCAUCUCCUUGAGCUUUCUCGGUCAUUGUUGCUGUCAUUUGAAAUGACUCCCUCAAAACCUAGUUUUAUUAGCCAGCCGCCUCUGCUGUAGUACAUGGCCAACUUCAGUAUACCCUGGACCAAAACAUUUUUGAGGUGCAUACCCCCAGCAUAAGUUACACAGUCCCACAUCCAGGUGCACAGUUUUCUCCGCAAGUGCGGGGAGAGGGGCAGCCCCCUCUGGUGCUCCCAGCCCUUCCUCCUGCAGAGCUGCAGGCAAGAGCAGAGCAAUAGGCUUCUCCCCUGAGCAGAGACCGCAGCACAGAAAUGCGAGGUCUAAAGUUGCUUUUUGCCUAAGAAUCAGCGAGCGAUUUGGCCUACUUCCUCAUUGGCUUCUAUUCUGAUAUCAGGGAUGCUUUUUGUAGUGGUAUUGUUUGCUCCCUCUUCGCGUUUUGACUACCCGUCAUUCAGGGGUAACUCAUCACUCUUCACGUGGGGAUUUAAAUUAAUUAACUAAUUGGCUCAUUUGAACAUUCCAAAUGUUCUUGGUUUCAAUACUUUGUUUUUUCUUUUGAGGGGAAAAGAGGGGAGAAAAACAGGAGUGAUGUCACUUCUUUUUCAUGUAUUCCAAUCAAAGAAACAAGGGCAGGUCGUAUAGUGGCAUAUUAAUACGUUAGACUUAAUCUAGAACCCCUGUAGCUUUUUGAUGUGUUUUAUUUCUUAUCUCUUUGAAUUCCUGUUUGGUUACUUGGCUUCCAAUGGAGGUGAACUUAACAACCAUACUUGAAUAUUCCGUCUUGACUUUGUAAACUGUGGCUACUUGAAAUGAAGUUUUAUCUGGGGUUGAUGGAUGAAUGGUAGAUUUUUGCAAUGUCUCAAGGCAAUAGGAUGUGUAUUAAACUGUAGAUAUUCUUAGUACAGUAAAUUUAUGCUGAUAAUUUUAUUUUGUAUAAUUUUUACCUUUUUGUUAAUAUUUUUUUCUUUCCACUUUAUUGGUUUGCCUCCUGAGCUACCCCUCCUUACCCUCCUUUUUCCCCCAGUGUUUCAGUAAAUUUAAUUUAGGGUGCCUAGAAAUUGCAAGUAUGUAUCCUUUUUGAUUUGUAUUUUAUUAUAAUUUACACAAACAACUGGGUUUGUGAACUGUAUUACUCCUGGUAUCUUUAAAAUGUUGUGGGUGUUUUAAUAAAUUUUAUAUUUAUUUUUUGCACUCAAA